AUGGGUGUGUUUGUCGUCCUGGGCUGGUUGGUACUGGUCCUGACUGGCCACCAGCAGACUGAGGGAACCAGUCUGCAGCUUUCAGGGGACUACUCCAUCUCGUGUCUCUUUCCGCUCCACAAUUUAGCCACCUCCGGUUCCAACAUACCAGACAUGAAAGCCUGCAAAAAAGGCAAAUCUAAUAAACAUGGCUAUCAUUUGAUACAAGCCAUGAGAUUCGCUGUGGAGGAGAUCAACAACGGCACCAAAAACCAACAUCUUCUUCCAGGGGUGACGCUGGGUUACCAGGCGUAUGACAUCUGCAAUACACCAGCCAGUGUCCUGGCCACUCUGGACCUCCUGGCCCAACAGUUACAGAGAACUUCAGGGAACAAGACGGGUGGUGACCAGAGAGCAGUGGCAGUGAUUGGGCCUGAUAGUAGCAGUUAUACCUUUCCUCCGGCUGCAAUGCUGGGCUCCUAUCUGGUGCCACAGAUAUCCUAUGAAGCCACAAACGAAUUGCUGAGCAACAAGCACCUCUACCCAUCCUUCUUCCGCACCAUCCCCAGUGACAGGAACCAGGUGGACGCCAUGAUCCAGCUGCUGGUCCGUUUUAACUGGACCUGGAUCGUGCUACUGGGCAGUGAUAACUCCUACGGCCUCCAGGGCAUGCAGAGGCUCUCCCAACAGGCGGCCUACUACGACAUCUGCAUCGCCUACCAAGGAGUUAUCCCCGACCUCACCUCGGCCACCAACCAGACCAUGAGGCGCAUUGUCAAGGGCAUCUUGAAGACCAAGGUCAACACUAUUGUUGUCUUCUCCAGCAAAAGCAAAGUUAGUGGGUUCUUCCCAUUUGUCAUAGAGCAGGGUGUAACUGGCAAGGUGUGGAUAGGGACAGAGGACUGGUCAGUGGCCACUCUAGUGUCGGGGAUACCAGGGAUUCACACCAUCGGAACUGUUCUAGGCAUCUCCAUCAAAUACGCAGCCAUAGCUGGGUUUGAGACGUUCGAAAGCCAUGUUGUUUCAAAGUUACUCAGGGACACCUCCAAUGGCAUGAUGGACCUGAGGGUUGACUGUUUGCAAAAUACGGAUCUCUAUAGCAUGGCAGUAAAAAACUUCUCUUUGGAUGGCUAUGACAUGACAUCCUCUUAUAAUGUUUACAAGGCUGUAUAUGCUGUGGCCCAUGCCCUGCACCAAGCACUUGGUUGUGACUCAGGUGAAUGCCAAAAGAUUGAAGUACAACCUUGGCAGCUUCUGCCACUAUUAAAGCAGGUGAGAUUCUCUGUUGGGAACUCCUCUGUGUACUUUGAUGAGAACGGAGACCCGCCCACAGGAUAUGACAUCGUGACCUGGGUUUGGAGGGGAACAGAGUGGUCUCUCCGAGUGGUGGGCUCUUACACUCCAGACCCCACUGACCUCACAGUGGACCCUGCCCAAAUUGAAUGGGCUAGUGACAUUGACAACCUGGGAAAAGUGCCUCCGUCAAUAUGCUCUCCAGAAUGCCCUACAGGUCACAGGAAGCUGCAGACAGGACAACACAAGUGCUGCUUCGACUGCCUGGCCUGUCCUGCUCACACCUUCCUCAACAGUACUGGAUCUACCUGGUGUCAGGCAUGUGAGCUCCACCAGUGGUCCACAGAGGCGAGCAAGGUGUGUCUGGAUCGGACAGUCCUGCUGCUGGCUUGGGACGCCCCCCUGUCUCUUGCCCUGCUGGUCCUCCUGGCCCUGACCCUGUUCAUGACUCUUGGGUCAGGGGUCGUAUUCGUCCUCAACCUGGGCACCCCUGUGGCCAAGUCGGCUGGCGGGCGCACCUGCCUGGUGAUGCUUCUGGCCCUAACCGCGGCAGCAGCCAGCGCCCUGUGCCACUUUGGCCUCCCGUCUCGGCCCGCUUGCCUCCUCAAGCAGCCCCUCUUCGUCUUCAGCUUCACCGUGUGUCUGGCGUGCGUCACCGUGCGCUCCUUCCAAGUGGUCUGCAUCUUUAAGCUGUCUUCCAAGCUGCCCCGUGCCUAUGAUACCUGGGCUAAGAACCACGGGCCUGAAGUCACCGUCCUUGUCGUGUCCAUGACAGUGUUGUCGAUCUCUGCGCUCCGGGUAGCUCUAAACCCCCCGUACCCCUCCCAGGACGUGGACUUCUACUCCAACUGCAUUGUCACAGAGUGUAGUAACACCCUCUCUUUCGGUGCCAUGAUAGAACUAACCUACGUCUCUGUGCUCAGCAUGCUCUGUUUCUCCUUCAGUUACAUGGGCAAAGACCUGCCAGCCAACUAUAAUGAGGCCAAAUGUAUCACCUUUAGUCUCAUGGUCUACAUGAUCUCCUGGAUCAGCUUCUUCACCAUCUAUUUUGUCACAAGAGCGGAGUUUGCCAUGGCCAUGCAUGUGCUGGCCAUAGUGUCCAGUGUGCUCGGUAUUCUUGGUGGUUAUUUCAUGCCCAAGGUCUACAUCAUGGUGCUGAGGCCCCAAAUGAACACAACGGCCCAUUUCCAAAACUGUAUUCAGAUGUAUACCAUGAACAAACAGUGA